AAGAAUACACAAAGAAGAAGGAAGUCACGUGAUUCGGAGAAAGGAUUGUUUACAGGAUAUGCUAAAGCGACCGGGCGUGGACUAGUUUUACAAUAAAACAACAAUUAAAGAAACGUUUAAUAUAAUUAAGUUAUCAUAUUUUCCCUGUAGUAUCUAAGGAGUGAUAUUUAGUUUUUCUUUUACAGUUUAAAAAUGCAUUAAAAGGCGCUCUUAGCUAGGAGGAUGCUAACCGGCUAAUAAAGCUAGCUAACGCUGAAUCCUUGAGGAACCAUUUGGACCGGAUCUUUGCUGACAUGGACGUGAGCAUAGCUGUGUCGCUGAUUCGGGGUCAGAUGGGCACCGUGGUGGAGCGAGCGGUCAACGUUGCCGUGGAGACCGUUUUGGCAGAGAUGCUUAAAGUGGUGGGAGCCAAAUUUGAGGAGCUGAAAACCCAGGUGAUGCUGAUGAAGAGAGACAUGGUGGCUCUGCAGAAGGAGAAGGUGCUGAAAGAGAAGGAAAAUGACAACAUCCGAGCCAAACUGCGAUACACGGAGCUGAAGCUGAAGUACUACCGCCAGGGUGUGGAGGAGGAACUGCAGCAGAGAGCCUCCUCCUCCACUCUGGUCCGAAUUUACCCAACUGGAUUCGCCCAAGUGCAGGGGGGAGAGGUCCUUCCCUCUGAGCCCUCCCCAUCCUGCUCGGCUCAGAGGACCCCAGAUACAGUGCUGGUGAAGAGCAGUCAAGAAUGCAGUUCUUCACAGAGCACAUGCAGGCGUGCGAGCAGAGCGUGCUGCCCGUCAGAUGCAACAUGCUCGGACUUGAUGGAAUUGCGGCAGAACGCUCCUGCAGAACCACUGGACAGCAGCGCCGCUUUCCUUCCGGAACGUGACAUCUCUCCCACGGGAGGUCCUAUUGAGGGAGAAUGGAGCAUCUCUGUGGCGUCGCACUCAGAAGGCGUGGACACCACUCCCUCCAUCCAGAGCCUGGCCACUGAUACGGAUCCUCCUCCAACAGGCAUCUCACCGUCUCCACCAGCUAACAGCUGGAGCCCCCCCUCCACUGCUACACAGGUGAAACAGGAGCUUCAUCCACAGGAGGAGGAGGAGGAAGUGAUCUGCAUCAAAGAGGAGCCAGAGGAGCAGAAGGUGAUGCAGCAGAGUUAUCCUCCACAGUCAGAGGCUCUGUUGUUGAUGUCGGAAAGGAAUAAACCUUCAACAAGCCAGAUGAACCCGAACGUCUCCGUCAGCUCAGGAGGAUCAAAUACCUACACUGCUUCUGCCUCCCUGCCCCUGGGGGUGUUGCCCCGCCAGGCGCCGCAGCCUUGGACCAAAGACCUCAGCUUCUACGACGAGUUCAAGAUCCGCAGGAACGAGCUGCGGCGGCGAAACCUGACCCGUCAGAGAGAGCUGGAGAAGGAGCUACCUCAGCCGCUGCUGGCAAAUCUGGUGCAAGAGCGCAGAGAGAAGACCAGGCUGAGGGUGGCCAGAUGGAGAGCCAAGAGGAAACUGCAGGCUUAUCUGAACCAGACUCAGGCUCAGGCAGGAGCUGCUUCUCCUUCAGGAUUUGCAGGUCAGCAGCUUUCAGCUCCAUGCGCUUCCAAGAACCAGAACGCCGGCAGCUUCCUCUACAACACGGCUGCUAACAACAUGCCGGUCAUCCUCCCCCUCAUCUCCGCCUCGUCCUCCCCCCUCAUCCUGCAAUGUCCCAGCAUGCUCCCAAAUGAGCAGAACGUGCCUUCAUCGUCCUCCUCCUCUUCCUCGUCAUACACGCAGGUCAGCCUCUCGCAAACGCAGAUGUUCAACAGCGAAUCUUGACGUUCUUCAGCACGCUAGAUUACAGGAAGCACACACGGAUUCAGAAAAAUCCAAAGGAACUUUAUUUAAAAUCGGGAGACACAAAGUUCAGUCAAAUCUGAAAAUGUUUCUUGACUGAAAUGCAAUUAUGCCAGCUUGAAGAAACGUUUGUCGGUUAAUAAUGUAAUUAAUGUUUCUGUCAGAAGUAGAUUUCAUUGGUUCCUUUUGGUGCUGCGAUUCCCAGCUGAGUCGGUGCUUUUAUUGUCUCCGUCAUCCGUUCAUUAUCUUCUGAGAGAUCGCCCCCGGCAGAGUGUAAAAGAGCAGGGCGAGGAAGAGCGCCAGGAUGAAGAGGAUAAGGGCCGUGAUGAUGUACUUCUUGUAGUUCCGCCACACCAGGUGGAAGAAACACUUGAAUGGAUUCAUGAACCAGGAGAAGGAUGUGUCCGGACGGCUGGAGGACAGGAGAAAGCGUUUUGACAUCAGCCUCAAAAAAAGAAUUUCUGCCGCUUUGACCCCAAACGUCAUGAAUCAUUAAAGACAAAUUCAGCAACUGAAAAGAAAAAUGAGACUUUUCUUACUUUGGCUUUGGAAGCGGCUCCGGCUCCUUCCUCGCUUUGCCAACUGGAUUCUUCUCAGCUUCCUCAGCUGUCACCAGGUGAAACUCCGCCUCCACUUUCCCCUGAGGAUCGACACGUUUGUCUGAAAAUGUUCUCAAUAAAACCAUGUUCAAUAAAUGUUGAAAACUGUUCAAUAAAAUGUUUUUUUCCCUGCAGAAAGA